AUGGGCAGUAAAUUCAAGAUAAGCAAGAGCAAAAAGGCCUCCAAGGCCCAAAAAACCAAGGUGCCUCCCAAGGCUCUUCCAGUAACUCUACUGUCUGGUUUCCUGGGAUCUGGUAAAACCACUCUUCUGCAACACAUUCUAAGAAGCAAUCAUGGCCUCCGUAUCGCCGUCGUUGUCAACGACAUUGGCGCCAUCAAUGUAGACGCCUCCCUGAUAAAGCAGACUCACCGCAUCACAAAAACCAACGAAAAGGUCAUUGCCUUGCAGAAUGGCUGCAUCUGCUGCACCCUCCGCGGCGACCUGCUCGAGGAGCUUGUUCGCCUCGCUCAGCUGCAAAGCUUCGACUAUAUUAUCAUCGAGAGCAGCGGUAUCAGCGAGCCCGAGCAAGUAGCCGAGACUUUUGAUAGUCGGCUGGCUGAGCAGAUGAGCCAGCUCGUCGACGAGGGCGGCGAGGGCCUCGACGAAGACAUGUUGAAGGUGCUCGAGCAGCUCAAAGAAGUUGGUGGUCUGGAAAAGUUUGCAAAGCUGGACACUACCGUCACCGUCAUUGACACAUUCACCAUGCUGCACGACUUUGACACCGCCGACCUUAUUUCUGCUCGGCGCGACGACGUGACUCCCGAAGAUGAGCGUACCGUCUCCGACCUCAUGGUUGAUCAGAUUGAAUUCGCCGACAUAAUAAUCCUCAACAAAAUUGACAUGGUCUCAAAGGAAACAAGAACCCGCAUCGUGGACCUAGUCAAGAAGCUCAACCACCGCGCCAAGAUUCUAGAAUCCAGCUACGGCAAAGUCGACGUCAAGCAGCUCGUCAACACAGGCUUGUUCAAGAUGGACGUUGCCCAGGCCGGCUACGGCUGGCUGCAGGACCUGCACGCCAUGACGGUCCGAGAGGUCAACGGCAAGAACGUCGUCACCCCCAAGCCCGAAACGGAAGAGUACAACGUCCAAAGUUUCAUCUACUCGCGUCAGCGUCCCUUUCACCCACGCCGUCUUUUUGCACUACUCUACGACAAGUUUAUCCUGCAGCUCGAGCAGACUGAGGAUGACGAGGAUGACGAGGAUGACGAGGAUGAGGACGAAGACGAUGAAGACGACGAGGAAGAGGAUCAAGAGAUGCAUGAUAUUGAGCAAGAUGAUGCCCAGAGCGUCGGUUCCUCCAAUAACUCUGCCCAAGAAGGCUCCGCAUACUCUGCUGGCAGCUCGCACACAACCGCCCAGACCAUUCCGUCCCCUCGCCCCUCAGACAAGCAAAAGUCCUCGUCCACCCAACGCACUGCUGCCGCGAGCAGCGAUGAUGAUGACGCCAUGGCCGUCGACCCGCUCGACAUGCCGCCCAACGAGGAAAUUCUCGUCAAUAAGCGCGCACACCCUACCUUUUCGCGGCUCUUCCGCUCCAAGGGCGAGUUUCUGCUCGCCACGCGGCCGCACCGCGCGGGUGAAUGGUCGCAGGCCGGCGCCAUGCUCACCAUGGCUGGCGGCCGCCCGUGGUUCUGCACUUUGCCUGCCGAAGAAUACACGACGGGCGACGCCGAGGUUGACGCGCUCGUGCAGCACGAUAUCAACAAGGGCGGCGAGUGGGGGGACCGCCGUCAGGAGCUCGUCUUCAUCGGCGAAGGGCUCGAUCACAAGGGCGUCGAGGCGCUUCUGGACGAGUGUCUGCUGACUGACGCGGAGAUGGCGGACUGGGAGCGCGUGAUGCGCGACCCGGCGCAUGGAGAAGACCUGGACAAGCUAAAGGACGCGCUGCAGGAGCUGUUUGAUGACGGGUUCCCUGACUGGGCGGGCGAGCCGGGGGACGACGACGAUGAGCAUGGUCAUGAGGGGCACAAUCACAACCAUACGCUGGGCAUGAGUGGUGUGCGAUCCAUUAAGCAUGCUUUUGAGGAGGUGUCUUGA